GCUGUCUGGGAUCAUUUUGAUAUGGAGAAUGCUACUGAGAAGAAGGCUAAAUGCAAAUAUUGUGGUAGCUUAAUACAAUAUCGGAAUGGAACCAGCUCAAUGGGUGGUCAUUUGAGAAGAUGCAAGCAAAAUCCUAAUAAUGAUUCAAACAAAAGAAGAAAAACAACGACCACACCGACUAUAGAUGAGCGUGGUAUUUUAAAUUCACCCAGUGCUUCCAAAUUUGACCAAGAGGAGGCUCGAAGGGCACUUGUGGAAAUGUUUAUUGGGGAAGAGCUACCAUUUCGCUUCGUUGAAAGCCCGAAAUUCCAAAAAUUUGUGCAUGCCCUACAAGCAAGAUUCAAAGUUCCUUCACAGACUACAUUAGCACGUGACAUUGGAGCUCUUUAUGCUGAAGAGAAGAUGAAGUUGCAAGAUUUUCUUUUGGCAAAUUGUGGUAGAGUAUGUCUAACCACUGACACUUGGACUUCAAUUCAAAAUUUUACUUAUAUGAGUUUGACAGCACACUUUGUUGAUUUGGAUUGGAAAUUACAUAAAAAAAUACUUAAUUUUUGUCAAGUAACAAGUCAUUCAGGAGAGGUUAUAGGAGCAACAAUUGAAUCUUGUUUAAAUAAUUGGAAUUUGAAUCAGGUCUUUAGUGUGACAGUUGAUAAUGCCUCGUCUAAUGAUGUUGCAAUUAAAUAUCUGAAGCAGCGAUUGAAUUCUUGGAAUAGCAUUAUUUUGAAUGGUGAAUUUAUUCAUAUGAGGUGUUGUGCACAUAUUAUAAACUUAAUUGUAAAAGAGGGGUUGAAAGAGAUUGAUGAAUCGGUCUUGAGGAUUCGUAGUACAGUAAAGUAUGUUAGAUCUUCUCCAUCUAGAGCUAGUAGGUUUCAAAAGUGUGUUGAACUAGAAAAAAUCCAAUAUAAAGGCUUGCCUUGCAUGGAUGUUGAGACUAGGUGGAACUCUACCUAUCAAAUGUUAGAGGUAGCUUUGAAGCAUCGCAAAGCAUUUGAGUUGCUUGCUUUGAAAGAUAAUACCAAUAUAGGAGAGAUGAAUGGAGGAAAAGGGAGAGGUGUUCCUUCUGAUUCAGACUGGGAGUAUGCUGAGUCCAUUGUACCAUUUUUGCGAGUGUUCAGUGAUGCCACUAUACGUGUUUCUGGUACCUUAUAUGUUACCAGUGAUAUGUAUAUGAAGGAAGUAUUUGCAAUUGGACGAUUUAUUCAUCAUUCUUGUGAUUCUGUUGAUUUUAGUACUAUGUCAAUGGCAGAAAGGAUGAGGGUUAAGUAUAAAAAGUAUUGGGGCAAUCCUGAUUCGGUGAAUAUGUUGUUAUUGAUUGCUAUCGUACUUAAUCCAAUGCAAAAGAUUGAGUAUGUCAAUUAUUUCUUAGAUUACUUCUUUGGAGAAGAAAAAAGAGGCGAAUUGAAGUCAAAGUUGUCCAAGUGCAUAAAGUUACUUUAUCAGCAAUACCAAAGUUCUGAGGAAGCAAGUGAAGCUGAUACGCAAGAUGUUCAAGCCAACAACAUUAAUACCGAUCUUCAUGGCAUGGGCUUUUUUCUGCAAGCAACCGGUCGCAGAACAAAUACAAGAUCUGAACUUGAUAGAUAUUUACAAGAAGAAUGUGAGCCAUACUCCCAUAAGUUCGAUAUACUAAACUGGUGGAAGGUCAACCCAACCCGAUUUCCAAUUCUUGGAAAUAUGGCUCGUGAGGUAUUGGCUAUACCUGUUUCUACGGUAGCUUCAGAGUCUGCAUUUAGUACUGGAGGAAGAGUCCUCGAUCCAUACCGCAGUUCCUUAACACCUAGAAUGGUAGAAGCCUUAGUCUGCACAGGAGAUUGGCUUAAGGAAGAUCUUUUCUCUGCUUUAGAUGAUGAUGGUGAAGUUCUUCAACAAGUUGAUCAAGAUAUAUUUUCCUCUAAUGAUGGUGCUUGUUCUAUGGCGGCAUCAAUUGAUAAUCUUGAUGAUGACAAGAUAUAUUUUCCUCAAAGGUUGUGGUUGUUUGAUGAUUUUGUUGGCAACUUGGCAUCUUUUGAUACUUUUUGGUUGUUGUUUUAGAGAGAUUUUUUAGUGGUAUUCUUUUGAUGUCUUGAGAAUGAUUAAAUGUUAUAUAAAUUAGCUAUUGUCAAUAGAUUUAUAAAGAACCAAAUUCUAGUUGUAAUGAACCUAUACACUUUAAAAUGACUUUAGUAUUAAUUUUACUUUUAAAAAAA